AUGGCGGCGGCAGCCGAGCCCGGGGCCCAUACCUGGACAGGCGGCGGGUCCCCGCGCCCCGGCAGCCCGGCCUCCAGUCCCGUGCUGGGCGGCGGAGGCCGCGUGCGGCCGGCGCCCGGGAUGGAGAGGGCAGGCGCCAGGCACCCGACCCCCUCCGUCACGCUGGGCCACAGCUUCCGGAAGGUGACGCUCACCAAGCCCACCUUCUGCCACCUCUGCUCCGAUUUCAUCUGGGGGCUGGCCGGCUUCCUGUGCGAUGUCUGCAACUUCAUGUCCCACGAGAAGUGUUUGAAGCACAUGAAGAACCCUUGUGUGUGCGUCGCACCCAGCCUGGUCCGGGUUCCAGUGGCGCACUGUUUCGGCCCCCGUGGGUUGUACAAGCGCAGGUUCUGCGCAGUCUGUCGCAAGAGCCUGGAGGCGCCUGCGCUCCGCUGCGAAGUGUGUGAGCUGCACGUUCACCCCGACUGUGUGCCCUUCGCCUGCAGCGACUGCCGCCACUGCCACCAGGAUGGGCACCAGGACCACGACACAUACCACCACCACUGGCGGGAGGGGAACCUGCCCUCGGGUGCGCGCUGCGAUGUCUGCCGGAAGACCUGUAGCUCCUCGGAGGUGCUGGCUGGCCUGCGCUGUGAGUGGUGCAGCCUCCAGGUCCAUUCUGUCUGCUCCUCAGCGAUCGCCCCUGAGUGCACGUUCGGGCGCCUACGCAGCAUGGUUCUGCCCCCCACCUGCGUGCGCCUGGUGUCACGUAAUUUUAGCAAGAUGCAUUGCUUCCGCAUCGCGGAGACCACAGUCCAGGACACAGGCGAGGGCGACGAUGGCGUGGAUGGAAGUACUGCGGUGGGCCCAGGCAGAGAGGCGCUGGCGUCUCCAGAGUCCAGCAAGCAGACGCUGAAGAUCUUUGACGGCAAUGACACAGUGCGACGAAACCACUUCCGUCUGGUCACCGUUCCCCGCCUAGUCAGGAGUGAGGAGGUGCUGGAGGCAGCGAUGCGGGCGUACUUCAUCAGUGAGGACCCCUGUGACUUCGAGUUGCAAGCACCCCCCCUGCUCACUCAGGCUGGCGAGACUGAGGCCCGGGGGAAGGCUCGGAGCGGUGGGGCCAGUGGGGACGAAGGGGUCCGAGACCCCCCACCCGAGGCCUGGGUCAUCCGUGCCCUGCCCCGUUCGCAGGAGGUCCUGAGAGUCUACCCUGCCUGGCUCAAGGUGGGCAUGGCCUACGUGUCCCUCCGUGUGACCCCGCAAAGCACCGUGAGGACGGUGCUGCUGGAAGCGCUCCCGCUGCUUGGACGUCAGACUGAGAAUUCCGAGAACUAUCAGCUGGUGGAGGUGCUCAUGGGCAGCAGACAAGUUCAGCGGACAGUGUUGGCAGAUGAGGAGCCCCUGCUGGACCGACUACGGGACAUCCGGCAGACGUCCCUGAGGCAAAUGAACCAGACGCGCUUCUACGUGGCGGAGAGCCAGGCUCUGAUCCCACGCGUCUCCCUGUUUGUUAGCGGCCUGCCACCUGGCCUUGCCUCCCAGGAAUAUGGCCCCCUGCUGCAAGAGGCGGUGGGCACCAAAGCUGACGUGGUGGCCGUGAGUCACGUCUACCCCUCCCAAGGUGCCCUGGUGCUGGACGUCACGUGCUUCGCGGAGGCUGAGCGGCUCUACAUGCUGGUGAAGGACACAGCUGUGCAGGGCCGCCCCCUGACAGCCCUGGUGCUCCCCGACAUGCUGCACACAAAGCUCCCCCCAGACUGCUGCCCGCUGCUCGUGUUCGUGAACCCUAAGAGUGGAGGCCUCAAGGGCCGAGACCUGCUCUACAGUUUCCGGAAGCUGCUGAAUCCUCACCAGGUCUUCGAGCUGACCAAUGGGGGGCCUCUCCCUGGGUUCCACGUGUUCUCCAAGGUCCCUCGCUUCCGGGUGUUGGUGUGUGGCGGGGAUGGCACCGUGGGCUGGGUCCUCGGUGCCCUGGAGGAGAUACGCCACCGUCUUGCCUGCCCUGAGCCCUCCGUGGCCAUCCUGCCCCUGGGCACAGGGAAUGACCUCGGCCGAGUGCUCCGCUGGGGGGCGGGCUACAGUGGAGAAGACCCCUUCUCAGUGCUGGUUUCUGUGGAUGAAGCUGAUGCAGUGCUCAUGGACCGCUGGACCAUUCUGCUGGAUGCGCAAGAGGCCAGUGGCACAGACAACGGCAUGGCUGAUGUGGAGCCCCCAAAGAUCGUCCAGAUGAAUAACUACUGUGGAAUUGGCAUCGAUGCAGAGCUAAGCCUGGACUUCCACCAGGCCCGGGAGGUGGAGCCCGGCAAGUUCACGAGCAGGUUCCAUAACAAAGGUGUGUACGUGCGCGUGGGCUUGCAGAAGAUCAGCCACUCUCGCAGCCUGCACAGGGAGCUCCGGCUGCAAGUGGAGCAGCAAGAGGUGGAACUACCCAGCAUUGAGGGCCUCAUCUUCAUCAACAUCCCCAGCUGGGGCUCGGGGGCCGACCUGUGGGGCUCCGACAACGACUCAAGGUUCGAGAAGCCACGCAUGGAUGAUGGGCUGCUGGAGGUGGUGGGGGUGACCGGCGUCGUGCACAUGGGGCAGGUCCAGGGCGGGCUCCGCUCGGGCAUCCGCAUCGCUCAGGGCUCGUACUUCCGCGUCACGCUUCUCAAGGCCACCCCCGUGCAGGUCGAUGGGGAGCCCUGGGUCCAGGCCCCUGGCCACAUGAUCAUCUCAGCCGCGGGGCCCAAGGUCCACAUGCUGAAAAAGUCCAAGCAGAAACCCAGAAAGACUGGAGGCGGCCCUAAGGAGGCCCGAAUGGACGCACCUGUCCCUGAUGGGGAUGCCAAUGGGGGGACAGGGGCUCUGCUGAGGCCCUCGUCGGGUACACUGGGUCAGAUGUGGGAUGCCCUCUUCGCCUCCAAGCUCCUUAUGGGAUGCAUCGCACCUCAUCACUCCAUCAGCCAUUACUGUGGGCACACAUUUCAGUACCCCCUCUCUAGCUCAGUGCAGAUGGUUGACUUCCAGGCUGCCCUGCCCCUAGUGCUGGCCAUCGCUGUCUCCCUGGUCUGUGAUGCUACAAGUGCUGAAGUGGGCGGGGGCCGGGAAACCCAGGGCCUGUUCAUGGACUCUCAGCUUUACAUGUAG